CUGCUGCUGCUGCGCUGCCCACAGGAAUACAAGACAACAAUGGCGACUCCCAGUCCUGACAGCAACUCCACAAGCUCCAGCAACAGCAGCAACAUUGUCGGAUCCACGUCGCACCAUUUUCACCCGCAGACACAGAGCAGCAGCAUGCAAGAAACCAACAGCUGCUGGAGAUGUCAAAAUGAAACAGGGUUUCAGAUAAGCCUGUCUGGAGUGCCCCAAAGUAAACGUAAAGCUUUGAAGUUGAACUUCGCCAACCCUCCAGUGAAACCAGCCUCCAGGCUCCCGCUCCAUCCAACGGCUCCGUCUUUCCAGAACCCUCACAUAGAGCGUCUGCGGACACACAGUAUUGAGUCGUCGGGGAAGCUCAAGAUCUCGCCUGAGCAGCAUUGUGACUUCACGGCAGAGGAUCUGAGAGACCUCGGGGAGAUUGGUCGCGGGGCGUAUGGCUCCGUCAACAAGAUGGUCCACAAACCAACAGGCCAGAUCAUGGCCGUCAAGAGGAUUCGCUCCACCGUGGAUGAGAAGGAGCAGAAGCAGCUGCUGAUGGAUCUCGACGUGGUGAUGAGGAGUAGUGACUGUCCCUACAUCGUUCAGUUCUACGGCGCUCUCUUCAGAGAGGGGGACUGUUGGAUUUGUAUGGAACUUAUGGCUACCUCAUUAGACAAAUUCUACAAAUAUGUAUAUUGUGCAUUAGAUUACGUCAUUCCAGAGGAAAUAUUAGGCAAAAUAACAUUAGCGACCGUUAAAGCACUGAACCACUUAAAAGAAAACUUGAAAAUAAUUCACAGAGACAUCAAACCUUCCAACAUUCUCAUGGACCGAAAGGGUAAUAUCAAGCUGUGUGAUUUUGGCAUCAGCGGUCAGCUGGUGGACUCCAUAGCCAAGACCAGAGACGCGGGCUGCAGGCCCUACAUGGCGCCUGAAAGGAUAGACCCCAGUGCUUCCAGACAAGGCUACGAUGUGCGCUCUGAUGUGUGGAGCUUGGGAAUCACCCUGUAUGAGCUGGCCACGGGACGGUUCCCGUAUCCCAAGUGGAAUAGUGUUUUUGAUCAGCUGACGCAAGUGGUGAAAGGGGAGCCUCCGCAGCUGAGCAACUCUGAGGAGAGGCAGUUCUCCCCCAAGUUCAUCAACUUUGUUAACCUAUGCCUUACAAAGGAUGAAUCAAAAAGGCCAAAGUACAAGGAGCUUCUGAAACAUCCCUUCAUUCUGAUGUAUGAAGAGCGUUUCGUGGAUGUCGCCAGUUAUGUAUGUCGCAUCCUGGAUCAGAUCCCCGCCUCUCCCAUCUCUCCUAUGUAUGUGGACUGAUGGAGUUUGGCUGGGGAAAGGGGUAGGGGUGGGGGUGGGGCAGGGGGGUCACCCAACAUGCAGUGGGUGGGACACUAAGCUUUGUGAUGCAACGCUUUGACCUUGAUCUUAGCCCUCAGAGUUACUUAGGAUCAGCUGUUUAUUCACACGUUCCAAAGAGCAACGGAACUAAGUCCGAACGGUGUAACAAGCAGAAUAUUGUUAACUCUUCCAGCUCUCAUCGUCUCAUUUUAGUCAGUAAGACCGAAAAUAUUGUCACCCAUCUUCACCCAGAAAAACUUGAAGACAUUGUCUUCGUGAAUUGCAAUGUAUCUUUUUAUGUGGGGAGAAAGGAAUAGAGUAUACAUAUAUGGUAUAUAUAUAUACUUGAAGUUGUACACAAAUACAGAAUCUACCAAAUAAAAUGUUGAACAGUGACACUCAUGACGUAUGAACAAAAAUAGCCACCUAUUGAAAUGUACAUUCUGGACUGUAUGUAUGCAUAUGUGUGUUCACCUCUGAAUUAUUGACAUGUACAGAUGUAUGCUGAUAGACCUAGUGUCUAAACACACACACACACACACACACACUCUUUUCACACAGUUUGUUGUUGGCACCUUCACUCAUGGUAAAUGAAUGAGUAUGCAAGAGUGUUUCUCUUCGGAGAGCUCAUGGAUUCGGUAGCGUGGCUUUACUUCUGUCUUUUUUUUCAAUAUGCAAUCUGUGAGAGUUUGUCUUGACACAUGAUUAGGACAUAUACAUUUCUCACAUCCAAAGUUAGCCACAGUUUGUACCUUUCAUGUGUUAGCUUGAUGUUUGAGUCACAGAGCCAAGCAUGUGGUUUUCUAAAGCAAUCCAUAAACUCCCUAAACUCAGGAGAUCAUUCAACGCAGCUGUUUGCCAAAUGGCUUUUAAGCCCUCUUCUGGAAGAAUAUUUUGGUGUGGUAUCAAAUGCACAAUAAAAAAAAAAAAUUAAAUAAUUCAUAGUAAGUGAAAAACCAGGUUGUCAAAUACUAAUGCUUUGCUAUUCCCCCUUUGUGUAUUAUAUCAACAUUAAAGGCUCCCUUUAGUGUCUUUUGAGAGACAUCAGGUUUUCAAAAAACUCCCCAUGGCAAUCUUUGACAGUGAGAGCAACUGACAUAACAGAAAGAGAAAGGACAUCUGUGUAUGGCAGAAGAAAGGGGAGGUGGGUCAAACAAAACAGGACUUUCACCACAGUUUGUGUCCUGUGCAAAACCAGAAGUCAAUGUUGUUUUCACAUAACAUAACAACAAACGUGUCUUUUGACCCAAAACUGGAUCUUUUUUCUAAACCUAACAAAAUGGUAAUGUUGCCUAUACCUGAGACUGUUUCACAACAUUAACCAUGCGCUAUGUAUUUAAGCUGUGUGUCACAUAGAUAUGUGAAAAUGGUGCCCUGUGCGUCCCUAUUAGACUCUAAAGGGGUGUGACAAAACUUUGAUAUUUGACAACCUGGGAAUGAGAAUGAGUUAUGAAAACACUUAGAACUGCAUCAAGUGAAGCAAUCAACUCUUGAGUCUUUAAGAGAUCUGCAAUAUCUCAGAAGAACAGAUAGGCACAUUCUCAUUCUCAGGUAAUCAAAUGCCAAUGCAUGACCACUCUCCCUUUGCGUGUGAUAUUGACGCCAAAGGCUCCCUUUAGUGUCUUUCUGAGACACAUCACGAUUUUAACAUUGAUGCUGAGCUGCAUCUGACAUAGUAUAAAGAGUAAGGAAGUCUGCUUAUGGCAGAGGGUAGGGGAGGUGGGUCAACAAAACAGGGCCUUUACCUGUUUGUGUCCUGUGUAAAAUCAAAAGUCAAUGUUGUUUUCACGUAAUGUUAUCCAACUAAUGUUCAUAUUUC